UGCCGUGCGGCAGUCGUGGGUUAUUAUGUAAUUUUUUUGUUGUUGCUGACUCGGGAGGCGACAAUGUCGUUUCUGGGGACGCCAUGUCAGUAUAUUUCUGUGAAAAUAUUCGUUUGUCAUUCGUUUGUCCACCUUGUAUCUAUCUCUGUAAACACCACCGUCACCGGUUUGUUGCAUAAUGGGCCUGUUCGACUAUUUCCUCUGCUGCGGUCCCCGUAAAGGCAAAGCUCCCAGCUCCACUUCGCCCACCCGCGAGAACAAUCCUUUAUUACUGCCUAUAAACCGCGAAGAAUCAAUCGUAUCUGCUGAAGGUCCUCAGGGAUAUGGCUCGACUGAACGGUUGACAGACGAGCAACGUGUCAGGAUCGAGACGAUAGGACGUGAAACGGGAACAUAUAUGUUGCCUAUUCAGUCAUUACCGCCUCGAUCUCGCCUCUCCAUGUCGCGCACGUCUACCAUUCCGCGAUCCCUGUCUUCAGGACCUUCCUCACGACCGUCUUCACCACCUCUCGCUCAGUCCGGAGAUAAAGAUCAGUCGUCUCCAUUGGAAGAGACAAAGACACUAGGGGGGGAUGAGAAGGAUGGGGAUGUAGUGCGGAAAACGUUGUUUGCCAACGGCACGCCGAUGAACCUUGGAGCGAGGAAAACAAGCGGAGGAGGAAAAGGCCGGGGAAAAGCGAAAAACAAGAGCAAAAAGUAAAUUAUUGCUACUUGCCGCUUGCUGCUAGCGGACUCUCUACUGGGUGUGAGGGGGUCGCGUAGGUUUCUGUUGACGGCCACAUUUGUUGUAUGAGCCUUGAUGGGGGAGAUCACAUCAGUACCAUUCUCUUUUUUUGUACGGCAUCAACCGUUGUAGCAUUUAUUAUCACCAAUGCAUUGGACAUU